UAGCCAAUAACUCGAACCUGUCACAUUCUUCCCUAUGUGCUUCGUGCAUCACCAGCUCCAUGUCCCGCCCUGCACCAGCCCCAUUCCAUACUCUCAGAAUCCAUUCAUCGCCUCUUGCCACACUCCACUUUUCCACCUCUCCACCCAACUCGAUCCUUUAUGCAGGCGAUCAAGAUGGCUGGAUCUCGGUGCUUGACUUGAGGGUGAGGCGGGUCGUAGCGUUCUGGAAGGGUCAUGAAGGUGGUGUCCUUGGACUGGGCGAGUGGGAAGGUGGUUUGAUAAGCCAUGGAAGAGAUAACGUCAUUCACUUUUAUGAGCCGCUUAAGAGGCCGUACAUCCCCAUACCUACUUCAACGACGCCUGAUCCAAAAACUUAUAAGCCUUCUAUAAGGCGGUCGUUACCUACUAACGCACUCAACUUUUGUCGAUUUUCCCUGGUUUCCAUACCUGCACAUACAGUGAUCAACGUGGAUAAAGGUAAAGGCAAGCAAAAGGAGGCAAUGAUGGCAGUCCCUAGUCUCAUAGACUCUGAGUUGGUUGACAUAUACCACAUCCCAAGCUUCAAACGUCUUCACGCAUCUAUCAAUUUUUCCUCAAAACCACCACAAGUGUCAUCAAAUGUUGAUCUCCCAGGCGCAUCACGUACAGGCCUCGUCAUGUCCCUCCACCUCUUCUACGUCCCUUCUAUCGAUCUCUGUGCUGGUGAGGAAGAGAGAAGUUUAGGUCUCGUCAUAGCAUACGAGGAUGGCCGCCUCGAGCUUCUCUCCGCCCCUCUAACUUCGCUGGAUACGCCAUACGACGCCAAGAUGGCCGCUUCCACGUCCACGUCCAGUGGAGCGAACCGGAACCCAUGGAAGUUGAGAUGGAGCGGCAAGGGACAUAAUGAGGCGAUCAUGGCUUCUGCGGUGGAUGGUCGGGGAGGAAGGGGGUGGAGUGUGAGUGCUGAUCAUCGGCUUGUUAGGUAUGAGUUUGAUCUGGUAUGGGAAAGGAAAUGCGAGAAAGAUGAUGCAAAAGUUAUAAAACCAUACGCGACAAAGCAGAUUGGAAACUCUUCCAUCGCCGUCUCAGCAGAUGAUAAGGUGGUAGCUGUCGGCGGAUGGGAUGGAAAAAUAAGGCUCUUUUCCGCGGCGACCUCGAAACCUUUAGGAACCCUCAGCACUCAUCGCGAGACUGUCCAUGCCCUUGCGUUUGCUCACCUCCCGUCUUCCCCAUCCCAGCCCAUCUCCCUUGAUGAUAUCGAAACGUCUACCGAAGCAGAGACGGCCACAGAAACAACAACGGAAUACCCCGAGUCGACUGUAGAUCUGGGAGACGAUGAUGAUAGUGAUGCAGAUGAAGAGGUGGAUGGUAUACCUCCACGGGAGAGGUGGUUAGCCAGUGGAGGGAAGGAUGGGAAGGUUGCGUUGUGGGGAUUGAUGGAUUUUAGUGCGGCCGGAUGAUAGAGAUAAAACAAUUGGUGCAUGGGGUUUGUAAAUCCUUUUCAAGGGCAAGAGCGUCGUCGUUUUGAGCUGUACUGUCUGUAUACAUUAUCGCAUUCUUACACCCUCUUUUUGCAUAUCAUGCU